GCUACGCAAGACCGCGACACGUUCUAUUCACCGCGUAUCAACCGGCUAAUUUAAUGAGAUGGAGGGAGACAUUCUCCCGAGCGUCCAGCUAUCAAUUAUCGACGACGCGCAGCUUUUAGUUUGUUCUCGGGACGACUGCCGUAUUGCUCUAUCGCCGACUCCGAGCGGUGUGACCGAGCACCUACGCUCGCGGCAUCAGAUACCAGCAGAGAGGCGCAAACAGGUAACCUAUACACUACGGCGUUCAGAUCUGCGCCUGAAGGAGCCUACUUCUGUUGAACCACGACCCGACGGCGUUCUUAUUGAUAGCCGGCUCCGAUGUUACGAUGGAUUCCUUUGCGAUCUCUGCCCGUUCCGCACCAUCAGCAAGCCGAUGAUGGCGCGGCAUCUCAGUAGAGAGCACUUUCGGGCGACUACUGGAAGGUGGGCAAGGAGUCACGCUACAACUGCCUCGUCGUACAUGCCCGUAUACUUACAGGCUUGGGUUCGUAACCCGCCCCGGUCGCAGUACUGGACUGUUUCACUGGCUGAUGCUGCCACGACGGAAGUCAGGCCCGUUGGACGCGAUGAAGAGCUGCGUCACUUACACGACGUCCUGGCGCGCGAAGAAGCGUUCCGUCGGCGGAUCAGCCGUACCCAAGGGAGAGUGCCUUGCUCUGCUGCCCAGGGGGCGUCUUCCAACAACACAGCAGCAGCAUACACAGAACUUCGACCCUGGCUAGAGCGGACGGGAUGGGAGCGGGUGUAUGCCAACGUGGACCGUCAGCUUCUCUACUCGCUGACUCUACGGCCAGUAGAGCGUUCCUAUCGCCCUCUUCUUCUGUCGGCAGGCCUGUCGCAGCAUGACAACAAUAUCGUUAGCCCUGCUGAUGACGAGGCCAAGAUUGCAGCGCUCUGCCACGCGGCGUACAAUUUCAUCAGUCGAUGCGAAGAAACGGCAAAAACGUCCAGCAGAAACUCACUCUGCUGGCUACGUAAUGUGCACCCGAGCAACUGCAACCCGAAGCCCUUUACGCUUGUGGCAAAGAAGAACACCCGAGAACGUUACGUUUCCGUGCUCCAAAGGUUUGUGUCGCUGAUCUUCCGGGUCUAUCGGUUAUCAGCAAAUCUCCGACGAGACGCAGCCGGCGUGUCCCUCACGAAAGAGCACUGGGUUGCCUGUGGGAAGGUCUGGAACCACCCUGGUCUGAACAUGAAAACUCCUCAACGUGGGGAAUGGGAGAGUCUGAACACAGGUAUCACCGCAGACUGCGCAUGCGAAGAUAUGGGGGAAGUCAGCGAGAGGGAUGGUUGGGAAGAGGAUGGCAGCGAUCUUGACGACCAGCAAUCACUAGCCAGCAGCAGUGACGACGAGGGUUCUCAGUUCAGCGAUGUUGAAGAGUCUUUUUGCGACGAUAGCAGUCAGAACGAAUGUGAUAGCAGUACCAACACGCAAUAUCCAAGUACAGAGUAGAGUAGAGUAGAGUAGAGUAGAGUAGAGGUAGACGCCGCCCACGGCCCCGGCCCCCUCGGGUUAGGGCCAGCCUUUGGG